GAGAAGGAGGUGGCGUGUGCUUGUUUAGGUAGUUCGGAAGAGAGGAACUGUGGAUCCGUGAAGCACUUCCCUCCGAUGUGAACGCAGUGUCCCCUGUGGGAUGCAGUAGGUGAUGCCCAGCUCUACUGCAAUGGCAAUUGGAGCUCUCUCUAGUUCUCUUCUUGUAACCUGCUGCCUCAUGGUUGCCCUCUGUAGCUCCACCAUACCUGUACAAAAACUGGCCAAGGCUCAAGACAAACAGGAGAUAAAGGCGAGCCAGGAAAAGAGGGAUCACACAUCUACAAGAGACAGCCAGACAGGCCCGGGAAAAAUGAAUGAGAUCGGCAGGAGCGGGAGGGAGGAGGGUAGCAGGGACUGGAAGAGCAAAGGAAACAGGAACUACUCGAACAAGGAGUCUUGGACUAAGCAAAAGCAGGCUUGGAACAGCCAGGGGACGAGCAGUAAAUCCGGGAGCAUUCAAGUGCAAGAGCAAAGGGACGCCGCUCCCGAGGAGCCUCGGGUGGCUGAAGAUUCGUCUCUCCCAGAAGCUGUUGCGAGCGUCACUCCCGAGCCUCCGGAGGAGUACGCCUACCCGGACUACCGCGGGAAAGGCUGCGUGGACGAGAGCGGCUUCGUCUAUGCCAUCGGGGAGAAGUUUGCGCCGGGCCCCUCUGCCUGCCCCUGCCUCUGCACCGAAGAGGGCCCGCUGUGCAUACAGCCCGAGUGCCCCAGGCUCCACCCUCGGUGCGUCCAUGUGGACACCACGCAGUGCUGCCCGCAGUGCAAGGAGAGGAAGAACUACUGCGAGUUUCGAGGGAAAACCUACCAGACCCUAGAGGAGUUCAUGGUUUCUCCGUGUGAGAAGUGUCGCUGUGAAGCCAAUGGUGAAGUGCUGUGCACUGUCUCAGCUUGUCCCCAGACGGAGUGCGUGGAUCCGGUGUAUGAGCCCGAUCAGUGCUGUCCUAUCUGCAAAAAUGGAGACAAUUAG